AUGGCGGCACAAUGGACGUUGGUGGAGGCACACAGGAUUGUGGUGGCACACAGGAUGGUGGUGGAGGCACACAGGAUGGUGGUGGAGGCACACAGGAUGGCGGCGGCGGUGGCACGUAGGAUGUAUUUAUUGGGAUGUUCACCACACUCUGUGUUGAAGCGCUCCACGGUCACCAAACCCUCUGGCUCGUUCUUGCAGGUCAAUCCCCAGCUCACGCGAUUUCUCUACAUGGCUACUCAGGAGAAUAAACAGCUCAAGGUGAGCACAGUCGGGACUCGCUUCAACCCACAGAGAUUCCAGGGUCAGGAUUUUAUCAAACUUCGUCAGAAAUGUCUGGCUAAUGAAGAGAAGUUUGUGGAUGAUAAGUUUCCUGCAGAUCAGCACGCCUUCGGAACGGGCCUGCUGUCGCUCGCCAAAGUGGAUAAAGUGUUGUGGAAGAGACCAACGGAACUGGUGAGUGACCCAUGUCUUGUUGUAGAUGGCGAGUCCAGGUUUGAUUAUUCUCAAGGACAUCUUGGGAACUGCUGGUUUUUGGCCGCAAUUGGAGCGAUUACAUUCCAGAAGGACGUCAUGGAUCAAGUCAUUCCUGAAAAUCAGUCAUUUUCACAGGAUUACGCAGGCAUAUUUCAUUUCAGGUUCAACAGAAAUGGACAGUGGGUAGAUGUUGUAAUAGAUGACCUGCUACCCACAAUCGAUGGACAACUGAUCUUUCUUAACUGCAAAACAAGUAAUGAGUUCUGGCCUGCGCUGCUGGAGAAAGCCUACGCCAAGGUGUGUGGUUCGUAUGCAGCAAUGAAUAGUGGGUAUAUAUCUGAUGGUCUGCGUGAUUUCACGGGCGGAGCUUACGAAGCAUUCAACCUGCAAACUGCUUCUUCAGAACUUUGGGAUCAGAUGGAGCAGGCUGUGAAGUGCAGAGCUGUGAUGGGGUGUAGUACUCCCUCAGGGCCCACUGCGGCUAACACAGUGCUUCCCAAUGGUCUUGUGCAGGGACACGCCUACACUGUCACUGGAGUGACCAAGGUGAAGACUCAGCGUAAGGAGGUGAAGCUGGUGAGAGUGCUGAACCCCUGGGGAAAAGGAGAGUGGAACGGAGACUGGAGUGACAAAUCUCCCCUGUGGAAUGAGGUGAGCAGCCAGGAUCGUGAAACAUGGCUGGAGGAUAAAAACAACGGAGAGUUUUGGAUGUCGAUGGAGGACUUCUGUAAAAGUUAUAAGGAGCUGGGUAUCUGCUUUAUUUGACUCGACUUCCUGGUUUAACCCCCAGCAUUGUGUCUUUAUUUCAUUAUAUAACUCUUUAUGUCCUGAUAUUUUCAUUUUAGAUUGUAGUACCCCAUUCAUUUCUGUAUUUAAGCUUAGUUUAUUUUCAUUUAUUAAUUCUGCCUUUUAUUACCUACACUGUAAAAAAUCUGAAUUAUAAAAGAUCAGAACUUUUUGAUC